CACGCAAACCCAACGCCUCUCCGCCCCGCACAGCAAAAAAAAAAAAAGAGAGAGAGAGAGAAAUAUAUAUAUAAAGAGGAAAAAACGCCUCGCCCGCCGCGCCGCGCCGGAGAUGGGCAAGCAGCAGCCGACGCCACCGGCGAUGUCGGCGCCUCCCCCGCCGCGGAAGCGGAAGAAGAAGGGCCGCCCGUCCCUCCUCGACCUCCAGAAGCGGAGCCUCCGCCUCGAGAAGCUGCAGGAGAAGCCGCCGCUGCCUCCGCCCCCGCCCCCGCCUCCGCCGCCGCAGCAGCAGCAUCAGCGGCGCCGCUCCACCCGGCGGAACCCCAGCCUCGACUCCGGCGACGAGGACGCGGAGGGGGCCUCCGGAGGCCGCCGCGAGAAGAAGCUCCGCCUCGUCAUGGGCCUCCCCGACGGAUCGGCCAAGGGAGAAAAGACGAGGAAAGCGACGGAUGGGCGUGAAGAACCGUCAGAUUCCGGGCCCACUACGCCUUUGCCUGACAAAAAGUUGUUACUCUUCGUCCUUGAUAGGCUGCAGAAGAAGGACACAUAUGGUGUAUUCUCUGAUCCUGUUGAUCCCGAAGAGCUGCCCGAUUACCAUGAUAUUAUCAAGCAUCCGAUGGAUUUUUCAACAAUUCGGAAGAAGCUCGAUAAGGGUGCUUAUGGCAACCUGGAGCAAUUUGAGGAUGAUGUAUUCUUGUUAACCUCAAAUGCAAUGUGCUACAAUUCACCAGAUACAAUAUACUAUCGACAGGCACGGGCUAUCCAAGAGCUUGCCAAGAAGGACUUUGAGAACCUUAGGCAAGAUAGUGAUGCAAGUGAGCCUGAACCAGAACCAGAACCUAAACCAGAUCCAGAACCAAAGCCACAAGCUAGGAGGGGCAGGCCUCCAAAUAAGAACAAUAUCAAACAGAAAGUUGGGAGGCCACCGGCAGAACGUGCUACUGCAGACUUUUCUGGUGCAACACUCGCUAGUGUUGGAAAUAGUGGACAUCGCUCACACCCAGUAUUUGAUCUGCAACGGCAAGUAAUGGAUAGAUCCCUUCUUGCAGAUGUACUGAGAGCUUCUUUUGCCAGUCAGAAUAAUGACUACAAUUGGUCUAAUGAGCGCAAAUUGGAAAGAAUUGAAGAUUACUCAGGGUCCAUGGGUAAAUGGUCAACAAAAAGUGGAAAAAAAACAGUUCUGAUAGAAGAAAGUAGCCGAAGCACUUAUUGUCAGCCUCAACCAUCCAGUUCAAUAUAUGAGCUGCCAGUGUCGUCCUCAUACAACGAGACGAGGAAGCUACUAAUUCCAGUUGGGGUUCAGUUGCAGCAGUCCUAUGCACGCAGCUUGGCACGUUUUGCUGCGCAGCUAGGCCCUGUCGCUUGGGAAAUUGCAUCGAAACGAAUUGAGCGCGCCCUUCCCCCUGGAACAAAGUUUGGCCAUGGGUGGGUAGGAGAUGGUGAAGCACCAAACUCAUUUCAACCACCUGUUACAUCUUCAACAGCCUUGAUACCCCCAAGUAGUACAGAAACAUCAGGUGAGCAGCCAACUCAUAACGAUCCAACCAGCGCAAGUCAUUCAGCAGGACCUCAGCCGUCUUCCGCACCAUGUGCUUCUUCUACUAUCACGGCUCAGAGGGUUGAUUGCCAAACAUUACCAAGCCAGCAACAUGGAUCAAUAACACAGAUUUCAAACGAAAGAGGCGAACAUGGUGUUGAGGUGAAGGGCAGCCAUAAUCUUCACGAACGACCGGCCAUUCAACAUACCGUUAAUGGCUUCGGUGCUGUUCCAGGAUCAACCGUAUUCCCUUCCGCGGCACAGAUGGUGGUGAACCGGAUGCAGACACAUACAGCUGAUUAACUAGUGUGUAGAAAACAUGAGAUC